AUAAAUAUACAGCACUAUACAGAUCUUGUUGGCAUAUACAUUACUGUAGACCCUGGACGUCGUGACUUAUUGUAUUUUGUACGUGUAAAUCCUACUUUAGAAGAGCUCAUCAAGUAUAGGUAUUUAACAAAUAGGUUAUUGGUAACUGAAUGUCUUUCAAAUCAUUAUGCUCAAACUACAACAAGUCACCGUACUUUACAU